GUCAAAGCCAUGGUAGCAUGGUCAAAUUGAUGAACUUCUUCAACGUCUAACUUUUAGGAAAAAAAAAACUUUUAGAUACUUUUAACCUUUGUUUUUUUUAAGGUAGCCUGCACCGAUACGGUUUGUUUUGUACGCUGUUCUUUUCUCUAGAUUGUUACUUCACUUUUUACGCUCAGUAUGCGUGUUUGCAGACAGGGAGUGGCAAAAUAUAAAAACUUUUUUUUUUUUUUUUUGUUUUGGCCAUAACUCCUCGAACUAAAUUUAUACAGUAUUAACAUCAUUGCCUUUGAGUGACUGAUAAUACUAUGGACCAUUCGCCGUCGAUAAUCACGCAAGUAAGAAGAGAGGAGGAGGAAAAUGCGGCUUGUCGUGAGGAAGGUGCCAGUGAAGUUUCCUCCUCAAAGAAGCCUCGCAGCAGAGGCCUUUUCCACAGUCUCUUCUGCUGUCUAUGUCACAAGGAAACAGAGCCACCUCCAGUAAAAAACAAUGCCCCCCUAUUGGUAGAAGAAAAUGGGACCCUGUCAAAAGUACCAGCAAAACCACUGCUCCCACGGAUGAAAUCGAAUGAUGCAGGGAAGAUCUGUGUGGUCAUUGAUUUGGAUGAAACACUAGUGCAUAGUUCAUUUAAGCCAGUGAACAAUGCUGAUUUUAUCAUUCCAGUGGAAAUUGAUGGAACAGUUCACCAGGUUUAUGUGUUAAAGAGACCCCACGUUGAUGAAUUCCUCAAGAGGAUGGGAGAAUUGUUCGAGUGUGUUUUGUUCACCGCAAGUUUAUCCAAGUACGCAGAUCCUGUGUCGGACCUGUUGGACAAAUGGGGGGCCUUCCGGAGCCGUCUCUUCCGGGAGUCGUGUGUCUUCCACAAAGGGAACUAUGUAAAAGACCUGAGCCGUUUAGGAAGAGACCUCAACAAGGUCAUCAUCAUCGACAACUCCCCAGCCUCCUACAUCUUCCACCCUGACAACGCAGUUCCUGUAGCGUCCUGGUUUGACGACAUGUCAGACACCGAGCUCCUCGAUCUUAUCCCCUUCUUUGAGAGACUAAGCAAAGUGGACGACAUCUAUGAUAUUCUCAAGCAGCAGAGGACUUCAAGUUAACAGAGGCAGGAUACUAGGAUGAAAAUAAUCACCAGCAGCUGUCGUCACGGGGCCAUGGAGGCUGGUGGGCCGCAGGCUCCACGCUGCUUCCCAGUACAAGGACCACACUGCAAAAAAUGCCUGUCAUUUAAUCUAGUGUUCCACUCUAACAGUUUAUUGUAUAAAAAAAAGGUGAAAGCAGUC